CCAAGCAAAGUGGUCGACUUUCAUUAGAGAUAUCCGAAAGAUAUAACAUCUUGCUUCGACAUUGUUGACUGUCUCAUCGUCACUACCACCUAUAUUCGAUUCGUCAGAUAUGUUGACCGUCCCAUCGUCGACGUUACCCAUCCGUGAUGUGUGCGGUACAUUUCUUUUGGGUGGAUCUAUAUCCGGAUCUAUGCCCAGUUCGUCAGCCAUACAAGGACAGCGAUCCUCUUCCGGACUGUCAUUGUUGACUGUCCCAUCGUCACCACCACCCAUCUGUGAUGUUGGUGGUGGCCAUACCGGGACAGCGAUCCUCUUCCGGAACGUCAUUAUUGACCGUCCCAUCGUCACCACCACCCAUCUGUGAUGUUUCCGGAUCUAUGCCCAGUUCGUCAGCCAAGCCGGGACAGCGAUCGUCUGCCGGAACGUCAUUGUUGACCGCUUCAUCGUCACCGCCACCCAUCUGUGAUGUUUACGGAUCUAUACCCAGUUCGUCGGCCAUGCCGGGACAGCGAUCCUCUUCCGGACCGUCAUCCUCGCCCAGUCUGCCGUCUUUACCUGGUUCAUCUUCAUGAUCCGGCGCGCAUAAUAAUUCACUUGAUAAAAAAGUGGAUAUUCUUAUGAAGCUAUCGAAGCAGACUCUUGCUGAGGUCAAAAUUAUGUUUAAUGCAAUGAAUCCGAGAGCUGGGAUAACCUCACGCAAUACAGCCAUCACUGCCAUUGAUGCAAAAGAAGAGUUAGAAGCCUUUAAUGCUAACUUAGAAGUUAAUACGUAUAUGGCUGAGAUAUUAUGCUCACUUUUGUAUACAAUUGAUCAUAUAAAAAUAUGUUAAAGAAAGACUUGACAAAAUAAUAGAUCUCUUGUUUACUAGGGAAUUUCUUUCAAAAUGUAGUUGGUCAGGGAUUGGUCGUCCCAAUCAAAAAGUCGCAUUUGCUGCCUUUGAAAAUGUAUUCGUAUUAAUCAAAUUUGCUGGAGGAAACAAAUUUCUUCAAUUAAAUGACGACUACGUGAAGAAGAUUUUAGUGAGUAAAAUGGAUCACGGGAAGAGAAGAAAUGAAACAAAAACGUUGCGAGAAAUAAUUUCACUUUAGAAGCUUAGAAUAUUAUAAGUAAAUUGGUAAACGUUCACAGAAAUAUAAA